AGUAUAUAAUAUUUAAUUUCGUUUAUCUAUACAGGAAACCACUAACAUAAAUUAUAUUUUAACUUUGCUGUCAACAUUUAAAGUAAUCUUGUCCUAAAAAUGAAGCUAGUGGCAAAACUUCGUCUUUUCGAUAGCCCCUACACAGUUUGCUACAUUUCUCAGAAGUGCUUUUUAUUACCAGAUGAAAAGUAUUAUAAAGCUAUAGGUGUGAAUGCUGGAGAGUGUUGCGAAAUAGAACUAGCCGAUGAAGAUAAAGUUAAACCUAUAGUUUAUAAAGUUAAUGCAUUGAUUCUUCAACCAUUUGUAAAGGAAUGCGUGAAAUCGAAAAUAUACAGAACAAAAGUGAUGCAAUUUUUCAAUAAAAUUGCCCGGAAGUCGGCAAGGGCAGUUCUGUAUGUUCUGAUAAUACUUGAACCUCCUGAUAAAGAGAUUCUUGAUUAUGUUUGGAACGAAAAAUUGAUAAAGUUGUUAUGGACAAGGAUAGAGAUAGAGAAUGCAUUUUCCUGGCUCUCCACUCUUGGUGGAGCUUACUCUGCUCUUGGUGACUAUUUUGAACACUGUGCUGAAGAAGCAGGCAAAAUAUCAGUUCGUCAAUAUAAGUUAUCAAAAAUGCUAGGCGAUGACAGUCUAGCAGCACGUAGUAUUCUCUAUUCAGCACUGUCACAAGCACAGAAGAACAAUCUCAAAUUAUCACGAUACAUUGUCCGUAAUGUAUAUAUAUUUGGUGUAAACACUAAAGAUAAACGACUUGUGCGAAUGUGCCAAGGUGUUUGGGCUAAGUUGAAAUAUUUGAGGCAAUUGCAAAAGAAUUCUACGAAUCUGAUGAUUGAAUGUAAAGGGGACAGGCAGUGUUAGCAAAUACAGGUCCUAAUUGUACCUUAUGGAUUUAAAGACAUACUGAAUUUAUAAUACGGGUUACAUAUUAUGAAUCAACUAAGUACGAGUGGCAAAGGGAAGGUUGAAGAAGAGAAGCUAGUGUAUAAAGUUUGUAACAAAUA